GAAAAAAUCUGGUAUUUAUGAAAAUAUUAGGUUGUUUUCUUUUCAUAAGAGUUGGCUAAGACGAAAUGAAGUACGUACAUGUAAAUAUGAGUUUGACAUCACUAAUUCAGCCUAACUUAUUAUUAUGGCACUUUAUUUUUUGUUUUGGUUUUUAAUUUAUUCACAAUGGACCAAGAAUUUAGGAGAAAGUGUAAGUGACAUGAACAUGGCUCACUUUCAAUAUAUUUCCAAUAAUCUUGGACCUGCUGAAUGCAGGAAACUGGUAGCCUCUUUACACUUUAGCAACAGCGACUUACCCAAUGCUCUUCAGCCAGCAGAACGAAAAGUACUCAAAGAUGAUUCUUGCUUGAAACAAUUAAUGCAAUGGAAUAUGGAUAUAAGUGGCAGACAAGGAGCUACGCAUGAAAUCCUCGUUAGGCGAUUGAAGCAGAUAAAUAGAGAAGACCUAGCACUAUGGCUGACAAAUGCAGCUUUUAAUGCAAUGAAUAAGUCACUACAAGCAAUAUCGUCUGAUAAAUCCAUGCGCAUGUACGAACCCGUAAUUUUACCUUACGUGAAUUAUUCGACAAGUGCCGCCGAAAUCACACAACCUGGAUUAAAGGUCACAACGCCGGAGUCAUUAAUACGAAUUGUUAAACAAAAUGUACCCGACCCAGUUGAAGAUGUUGUCAUUGAUCCCACUGAAUGGACUAUUUUCGAUACAAUUAGUUGGUCUAUUGUUUUGAUUCUAUUUCUAUUGAUCAUCGUACUGUUAAUAUAUUUAACGUUGGCGUCUCCAUGUAAUCGCAAAAAAAGAUGCCAAUGUAGUGUACCAUCAUCGCCGCGCGAAUACAAUUUGUCAAAUCGCUCCAGUCCAGUUUCAUGUGUGCGUGCCCCAAUCCUCCACCAACAGGAGAAUAAACCCCAUCCACAACGACACUUUGAAAGCCCGAUAAAACAAACCACUUACAUAGAUGGAAAAAAUAUGCAUUCAUUUAAGAAGCAUCCGAAUGAGUACUCCAUAUGCGGAAGCAGUGAAUGUCCGGCAUUAACUACGUGCCAUUGUGACUGCAGCAAUCCUAGAUGUAAGCGUGAAUUUCAGAAUGAUUUCAAAAGACAAGCACAGUUCUCGGAAUCACCUUCUUAUAAUGAUAUAACGGCAUACAAUCCAUACGAAGGGAACUGCUCACAGUGCAAAGUACCACCGGCACCACGUCCGAUUUGCCAUGGGGGAAGCACAUGUUUAGGCAAUGAGUACACUGAAGGUCACAUUCAUCAUAAUGGCGCACGGACUAUUGAUAUUCAUCAAAAGAUUGCCAUUCCAAUGAAUAAUAUGGACAACAGCAAUUAGUGUGUAAUAUGAAUAACUGUAUUAUACGACCAAGAACUGGAACACAUAUCUAAUAUUGCUUAUUUUACAAUAAAUAUAUAUAUUGAGUGUAAA